AUGCAUAUCCCCUGGGCGGAUCUAUUUACCGGGACGACUUUCAUUACUUCAGUCAAACCUUCAACUCAAGCUCGAGACGUCACCACAUAUACUGAGAAGGCAGUUACUGCUAUCCAAGUUCUAAAUGAAGAAUUCUACAAUUCUGCCACCGGUGUGUGGGAUAAUGCUUGGUGGUCGAGUGCAAAUAUCAUAACCACGCUCUCUGAUUUCUCGACUUUACGUCUCGAAGAAGCCAACAAAUUAAAUAUUGGAGGAGUCCUCGCCACAACCUACGAAAACGCUCAAAAGACAACGGUCCAUACCAUGAAAACAAUGACAAACGGCCUCGUGGCUUCUUCCUACUGUAUAGACUCCAGCUCAGGCUGUAUGAUGAAGCGGGGUUUCUUGGGAAAACGUGGUUUCGACGACUUCCUCAACGAGUUUUACGACGACGAAGGCUGGUGGGCUCUGGCAUGGAUCAGAGCAUCAGAUGCAACUGGCAACGACCAGUAUCUCGAGGCUGCUGUCGACAUCUUCAACGACAUGCAGACCGGCACAAACACACCUUGCGGUGGCGGUAUAAGGUGGAAGAAGGAGGGAGAGGAUGGCUCAGGCUACGUCAAUGCAAUUGCAAACGAACUAUAUCUCGCAACUGCUGCUUCGUUAGCACGACGUGUUUCAAAGAAUAGCACAUACCUCGACAUAGCCAAGAAGCAGUGGAACUGGUUCUCCGAUAGUGGAAUGAUCAACGAGAAGGGACUUAUUAAUGAUGGGUUGAACGGCGAAUGCAAGAAUAACGGUCUUCAGACUUGGAGUUACAACCAAGGAGUCAUUCUGGGCGCUCUCGUCGAACUUUCGCUUGCCACAGGAGACGACGCUUAUACCGACAAGGCACACAAGAUAGCCUAUGCUGCUAUCAAGGAACUUACCAACAAAGAUGGUAUCCUUAUCGAGAGUGACGGUUGUGAGACCAAGGAGGGUCACUGUGGUGCGGACGGACAGCAGUUCAAAGGUAUCUUUGUCAGAAACCUCCGAUACUUACACACUGUUUCACCAAAGCCCUUGUAUCGUCGCUUUAUCACCAAGAACGCCAUCUCCAUUUGGAAGAAGAGCCGCAGCAAAGACAACAAGCUAGGCGUUUCCUGGGCUGGACCUUACAUUGAUGCCACUGGCCCCUCGCACAGCAGUGCUUUGGAUGCUAUAGUAGCAGCGAUCGCAGUUUCAAACUUAUGAUUUAGAGCGGGAAAAAGACUGGGCGUCAUGGACGGGCAAAAGAACAAACAAGGGAUUGGAUUUAUUGGCGAACCUGGGUUAUUUCAUUGGGCAUAGAGGAACACGGCUUACGAGCAUCAGACAAGAUAGGGUCUGUGACUCCUGGUUUAUCUUAUUUGUUAAUGGUUGAUACCCCUUUAGAGGAUUUGGAGGACAGACAUGUAGCUGGAGCUAUUUAAAGAGAAGAUAUGGGGGCUUGAGGCGCUCA